AUGGAUGAAAUUAUCAAAGGCCUAUGGAUUGGUGAUCUCAUCAGCGCAAAGAACGUCGAACGGCUGAAGAAAAAUAAAAUCUAUAGCGUCUUGUCCGCAAUGCGAGGCAGGAUAAACAUCAGGGAGACGUUCAUCCACCAUCAGAUUCUUCUCGACGACUCUGAGGACGCUGACAUUUUGGUACACCUCUUACCAUCCAUCCAUUUCAUCCAGGCAGAGUUGGACAAAGGACGUGGUGUUCUGGUACAUUGUCAUGCUGGCAUCAGCCGUAGUUCAACUAUUGUUGCGGCGUAUCUCAUGCACAGCCGAAAUUUAGAUCCUUCUUCAGCUCUGGAGCUGAUACGAAAGGCCCGACCUAGCAUCGAUCCCAACCCAGGUUUUCUCCAGCAACUAGAGAUUUUUCACAAGUCACGGUACCAGAUUUCGCGGCAGGACAAGAACGUUCGCAUGUUUUAUAUGGGAAGAGCAGUUGAGGAAGUUCUGAAUGGGGACGGUUCGCUUCCAGAAACGAAGAUGUUUGCGAAAUUUCCUCGAACACCUUCAGACUCUAACCCCACUACACCCAGCCCGCGGCGGCGGAUCAGGUGUAAAAUGUGCCGUCAGGAGUUGGCGACGAGAGAGCACAUGUUGGAUCACGGCCAGUUGGGUCCCGCCACACCGGCCGCAUCGACUCCAGUAACGUCACGGAGACCAUCAGCAUCCGUCCAGCCUCGAAGCAGAGCCCCUUCCAAUGCCCAAUCAUGGCCAACAAACGAUCUCUCCAAACGACGACCGUCGAUGCUAUCAGAUGACCCUAUAUCCGCAGUAGACACCGAAGCUAUUACAGGUGCCAAGUCUGCCCCGGCGUUACCUCAACACCAGGAUCUCGCAACACGGCGGCUUUCCGGGCACCAAGCUCAAGCCCUGUCUCUGACUGCUCUACGCAGCAUGUCUCGAGGUGCGAAUUCUACUACCUCCGCGUCAGCAUUGGAGAUGGACGAGGAUCUUGGAGCUCCACCGUCGGAAAUUUCAGAAAACCCUCCUAAAACGAUGCCAACGACCAGUGGGGCUCCACCCGCCGACUUGUCGAUAAAAGCUGCCGAAAUACUUGGACGACGGUUAUCACACUCCAUGAUAUCUUCAGCGUCGGAAACGCAUGUACCAGAUCAAGAGGACCAUCCCACAACGCACCUCAUCAGCCCAAACGACCUUGCAGCACAACUGUACGCCCACCCCAAACUCGCCGAACUCCGAUCUAUAUCUGGACCGUCCUCUCCCGCGGUGUCAACGCCCGUCAGUGCUCCCAUUUUGGCCAAUUCAAAAUGUUCUGGGUAUUUUGUGGAACCUAUGAAAUGGAUGGAACCGUUUUUGGAGUCUGGCCAGCUCGCCGGGAAGAUCAUCUGCCCCAAUAAGAAGUGCGGGGCAAAGCUGGGAAAUUAUGAUUGGGCCGGCGUAUGCUGUGGAUGUAAAGCAUGGGUUACCCCCGGGUUUUGUAUUAAUCGGUCAAAAGUCGACGAGGUAGUUUAG